AUGAAGGUCUUCAUCUUUGCCUGCCUGGUGGCUGUUGCUUUGGCAAAGCAUGAUGUAAAGGGCAAGUACUCCACUGAGAAGUAUAAGCAGGACAACAAUGUGUUCUUCCAAACAACUCAGGACUCUGCUAGCAGUUCAUCCAGUGAGGAAUCUUCUGAGGAAAUCAACGAAAAAAUUGUACAGUCUGAGGAACAAAAGAUCAACCUAAACCAACAGAAAAAAAUCAAGCAAUUUUCCCAGGAGUCUUCCUUCCCCCAGUAUUGCACACCCUCUCACCAACAGCAGACCAUUGCGAACCAGUGGCCCCAGUCUAAUGCCAUCCAUAACAUUCCCAUCCAGGAAUCCAUCAACACAGCUGUGGAGGAAAUCCUGAAGAAGAUCAUUGAUAUGGUCAAGUACACCCAAUAUCAACAGUUCACCAUCCCCCAGUUUCCCCAGGCUAUUAUUCAUCCACAGAUACCUGUGAGUUACUGGAACCCCAGUAAGGAUUACACCUUCCCAAAUGCUCGCUAUGUGAAAGCCUACUAA